GUUCGCAUCUUCUGCAUCUACACGGCGGUGGCCGUUCUCUUCACCUAUGCCUAUCACAUAACCUUCUUCGGCGGACUGAUGGCUUACUUUGGCGACGUCGAGCGGCGCAAUCUUCACGGCUUGAUCUGUGUACCGGUUGUUCCGAAAUCGCUUGCAGUGGACAAAGGUCUCUUCUUCCGGUUGCUCUGCACCGGCGGGCGCAAUCCCUCGGACCCGGACAAUCCAAAGGACAACAAAGAGCACAUGAUGAUCGUCUUCUUCCGCGACGUGCUCGCCGCCUCCCUCAACAAGCCCUUUACCAAGAUGGUGGUCAUCUUCUGCUUCCUCGUCUACCUGGCCAUCGGCAUCUACGGCUGCUCCAUCAUCAAGGAGGGCCUGGACCGACGAAAGCUCUCCCGUGACGACUCCUACUCGGUGCAGUUCUACGACAUUGAGGACAAGUACUUCCGCGAGUAUCCCUACCGAAUUCAGGUGGUCGUCAAUGAGACGAUGAACUACGCCGACCCGAAGGUGCAGCAGAUGAUGGAGGACAUGCUGACCAAGUUUGAGGCAAACCCCUUUGUGGCCGAUCGCUCAAUGACCGAGUCAUGGCUGAGAACGUACUUGACCUUUCUCGGUCAGGAGGACAGUUUCCUCUUUCUUCAGGCGUUGAAUGUCACCGAACAGCAGGACUUCUACCGCGGACUGCGCGACAUCUUUCUGCACUUUCCUCUCACUGAUCAGUUCCGCUAUGAUGUGGUCUUCAACGAGGACGGCACUGAGAUCAUCUCCAGCCGAUACCUCAUACAGACGAAGCACAUCAUGGACGCGAACAUGGAGAAAGAGAUGCUCAUCUCGCUGCGUGAAAUCGCCGACAGCUUUCCCUUUCCGGUCACUAUCUACCACCACUACUUCAUUUUCUUCGACCAGUUUGUGCUGGUGCGCACCAUUUCCAUUCAGACGAUCACCGUGGCGGCCAUCGUCAUGAUGGUCAUCUCUCUCAUCUUCAUUCCCUCGCCCUCCUGCGCCAUCUGGGUCGCCUUCUCCAUCAUCUCCAUCGAAAUCGGCGUCAUCGGCUACAUGACCCUGUGGAACGUCAACCUCGACUCCAUCUCCAUGAUCAACCUCAUCAUGUGCAUCGGCUUCUCUGUUGAUUUCUCAGCGCACAUUUCCUACGCCUACUACUCAUGUGAUGAACGGACCCCGCGAGAUCGUGUCCGCUCUGCGCUCACCUCUCUGGGCAUGCCCAUUUUCCAGGGCAGCGUCUCCACAGUUCUGGGUAUCAUCGCCCUCGCCUUUGCGCCCUCCUACGUCUUUGUCACCUUCUUCAAGACCGUCUUCUUGGUAAUGCUUUUUGGCGCCACCCACGGCGUGCUCCUUCUCCCAGUGCUGCUCUCACUCACCGACAUCUGCCGCAGUGAGCCAAAAACCUCCGAAGAGGUGCUCACCGCUGAAAGCCCCGAUCGGAAGCACCUGCCGCACCACCAGCCGCACUUCAAGUCGGCCAAUCUGGCCGUCGUCCACAAGGACUCGCCCUUCUUCACUACCGACAAGUACUUCAACGGAAAGGCGAUAGUGCACAAGACCGGCGGCCCCAUUUACAUUCCCAGGCCGUCCUUCAUCGGCUACGAGAUCGCCGCAGACAACAACCCACACCUGGUUAAACUCAGCGGCCGAAACAACAGCAAAGGGGCGGUAGUAGAUGACGUCAGUGUGGAGGGCUCAAAAAGCCUUUCAGUUUCUGAUGGCAGCGUCGCCGCGGAGAAGGACCUCGGCCUGGGCACCAGUGCUGAGGAGUGCAGUGAAAGCAGCUGGAAGGGCGGAGAGAAGAACAACGAUGAGACGAUCAUUCAGAAGCAGCCAGGCAGUCAUCUCAAAUCAAACAAACUCAGUGGAGCCGUGGCAGCAGCCGCCGCUGCUGCCGCUGCCGCCGCCGGUCAAUCGGUGGAGCAGUGGAACGAACAGCAGCUGAACCCACACGUCAACGGCGGAUACGUCAGCGACAGCGCCGACGCCGACGUGGACGGCGACGGCGAGUUCAGAAAGCCGUACAUGGGCGUAGGCAUGAGCCGCAGCAAGAGCAGCGACAUUGCCGAAUCGAGCCACACACCCCCCUAA